AUAGGGAGUAACGUUACUUCAUCAUGGCAGGCAAUAAGUUGGCAUUAGAAGGAAAAAUAAGUAUUAUAAGCUUUCUUUUAGGCCUCGGUGUUGUUAUAAUUCCCCUUAUUAGAACAUUCGCUGGACAUCUUGACUGGGUAUUCGACUAUCUCACUGGAGUGAGGGGGAAAAUAGCUAUUGCGGUGUACAUCGCUGUUAUCAAUGGCUUCUUGCUAAUCAUAUACAAGGGACCUCUAUAUAAGGUUGCUGUGCGAGCCUGCUUCCUUGGUUUUACUUUUGGGUGUGGCUUGAUCAUAAGCUUUUCCCAAACCACAUGGACACACUUUGGCUGGUAUAUGUGCUCCUUGUCUUUCUUCCACUACUCGGAGUACUUGGUGACGGCCAUCAUUAACCCCCGCAGCCUGUCUCUGGACUCCUUCCUGCUCAACCACAGUGUGGAGUACACCGUGGCUGCUGUCUCCUCAUGGGUGGAGUUCACCAUAGAGAAGCUCACUGUCCCAGAGCUGAAGCAGCUGAGCUGGCUCAGCCUGGUGGGUCUGGUGAUGGUGCUGUGUGGGGACUUCCUGCGUAAGUCUGCCAUGCUGACGGCCGGCUCUAACUUUAACCACAUCGUCCAGAACGAGAAGGCCCAGAGCCACGUGCUGGUCACCGAUGGGGUCUACGCCUUCUUCAGACACCCCUCCUACGUGGGCUGGUUCUACUGGAGCAUUGGCACACAGGUGAUGCUGUGCAACCCUGUCUGCAUCGCGGGCUACACCAUGGCCAGCUGGCGCUUCUUCCGUGAACGGAUUGAGGAGGAGGAGCUCUCUCUCAUCCAUUUCUUCGGAGAGGACUACCUGGAAUACAAGAAGAAGGUGGGCACCGGCCUGCCCUUUAUUUCAGGCAUCCGCAUCAACAGCUCCUAGGUGUGAGAGAUGGGGUCCUGGACGUAUGAACAUGGCAGACAGACAGGCACUGUGAGGGGCAGCCCUGGUCAGCAUACUGUGGAUUAGCCCUUGUGGUCACCUGCCCUGGGGGGCCUAGAGCUCACAGAGACUGACACCUAUGAGCGUGGUGGGCUCCCCAAAGGCCUGGAUAGACAGACUCACUCAAAAAGAAACGACACCCCCCAAUGUUGUAUAUCCAUUGCACACAUCCAACCACCUCUUUGGUUUGGUUUGUUUGACUACUAGAGACUUUUUUUUUUUUCAUCUUUCUUUUAUCUCCGAUGUCUCCCUUUUCUGUGUUUUCCAUAGGGAGGAGUUGAGUUUCUUCAGUGGAUGCUGAAUUGAUUUUUAGCUUGGGUUACUGAAUCAGAAGUGCUGUAAUGA